AUGGACCAAGCCAAAGACCUCCUCGAAAUGCCGCGCGAAUUCCUCAAAGACGGCCGCGGCUUCCUCACACGCUGCAGCAAACCCGACAAGCGCGAAUUCAUCCGCAUCUCGCAAGCCGUGGGCAUGGGGUUUCUGAUUAUGGGAGUGAUUGGUUACAUCGUCAAGCUGAUCCACAUCCCGGUGAACAACAUCCUCGUUGGCGGCGCAUAG